AUGGCUGAGCCGGAGCUUCUGCUGGACUCCAAUAUCAGAUUGUGGGUGGUGUUGCCCAUCGUCUUCAUCACCUUCCUAGUCGGGGUCAUACGGCAUUAUGUGUCCAUUCUUCUUCAAAGUGACAAGAAGCUGACGUUGGAACAAGUUUCUGACAGCCAGGUUCUUAUUCGGAGCAGAAUUCUCAGAGAAAAUGGAAAAUACAUUCCCAAACAGUCCUUUUUGAUGAGGAAGUUCUACUUUAAUAAUCAAGAGGAUGGGUUUUUUAAGAAGACCAAAAGAAAGGUUGUUCCACCCUCUCCAAUGACAGAUCCCAGCAUGCUGACAGACAUGAUGAAGGGAAACGUGACCAAUGUGCUUCCCAUGAUCCUCAUUGGUGGCUGGAUCAACUGGACCUUUUCAGGAUUUGUGACAACUAAGGUUCCCUUCCCUCUCACGCUACGCUUUAAACCCAUGUUGCAACAAGGAAUAGAGCUGCUCUCACUGGAUGCUUCCUGGGUGAGCUCAGCGUCAUGGUAUUUCCUAAAUGUGUUUGGACUUCGAAGCAUGUACUCCUUAAUUCUUGGCCAAGACAACGGCGCCGAUCAGUCAAGGAUCAUGCAGGAGCAGAUGAGUGGAGCUGCUAUGGCCAUGCCUGCAGACACUAAUAAAGCUUUCAAAGCGGAGUGGGAAGCACUGGAGCUGACUGACCAUCAGUGGGCGCUGGAGAGUGUAGAGGAGGAUCUGAUGAGCAGGGAGCUGGACUUUGAUGGCAUGUUUAGCAAGGAGCUCCCAAGUGGUAUCUUCUGAUGGCCUAAUCACGUCUACUCGGAGCCUUCAGUUUAAAGUUUGAUAAUUGCAGGGAUUUGUUUUUUUGUGUAAAACCGCACAAGUGGAACAAAUCCCUUCAUGUUAUGCAAAGUUUACAUUAACUAAUUUGUGGUCAUUGUCUUUUCACUUGUGUUUACGUUUCCAUUCCUGUUCAUAAAUAAUCUGAGAUAACUUAAACUACACUGGUUCUGCUGCUGUCUCGUGCAUAUUAGAAAACAUUGCUUUGUUGUGUCAUCUGUGAGACAAGGAGAUAUUUGGGAGAAAUUAAGUGACUUUUUGCUCAUUGACAUGCGUUCUUAUUGGCUUGCAACUGCAUUCCAUCAAAAUACUAUUAGGUAAUAAAUCCUAGACAGAUCAGCUGUUUUGUGUCAGCUGUCUAAAGGCAGAAGCAGGCCCAAGUAUGGUUUGUUUUCAGCAAGAGGACAUGCUUUUGUGAUUGAAAUAUUGUGUUGAUCAAUUAUGUAGACAAUUUAUUUUGUAAUAUAACUCCCUUGUGUUUUGUACAGUAUAAAGUCUGUUUGACUAAAAGUUUGUUUUUAUUUGUUGCAGUGUAGAAAAACACAUUAAAAAAUUAACAUACAAAGAAGCAACUUGAUUAAUAUUCUAGUCGGCUUAUAGGCAAUCAAUUUGUAAAAUUGAAGUUUCAUUUAGCAUUUAUUACAAAUUUGUCAAUCUAAUAAUUCUCCAGGAGUUAAACAUUUACUGCAUUUAAUUAAGUGACGAUGAAGGUAGUGAAGUUUAAGAACUGAGAUUUUAGAAGGAAUGUAGCUUACAAUUACAUUUUUUCAUAUAGUCUUGCAGUCUUAACUUGUUUUACCUAAUUUUAGUCGCUGUUUGAAUUUACCGUAAAUUACAAUAUAGUUCUUAAAUGCUGUUGAGCAAGAUUUUUAAAAAUGCACCAGCCAUUAAAAAUUGAGGUUCAGGUUUAAACAAGCCAUUUCUUCCAACUGUGAAAUUGCCAAAACAGAGAUGUUUCAAAUGAUAUAAGCCUAGAAAGAAAUGGAUUUUCGUUUUCAGUUGUUGCCACCUGUGUUUUCUCCCUGUCAGGUUACAGCUGAAUAAUCAUAUGUAGAUACAUCAAAUAUUGUAUAUUUACAUGUAUGACAAACAUUCAGAUAAGUCAAUUAAGGUUUUUUUUUUAAGUCAAGGACACUAAAUAAACUGUAGUUUUACUCAG